AUGUACGAAGGGAUUGACAACCUGAAAUCCCUUUACGACCGUGCCGGGAAGACUUUCUCCGGCGGUCCUUCUGCGGUACAGGAUGUGCCGCGUUGUACUGCUCGACCAGACCCAGUACGUCAACCAUCAGUUGGGAGCGGGGCUCCCAAGUAUCCCAGGACGGGGGAUAGCCGCGCCACCGGACGAGAUAACUCGUCCGACGUCCGUUCACGUCGCGGUGGUUCAACAGCUGCUCAACUAGAUAGCGCUGGCCACCACGAGAGUCUUCUAAUGGAGGUGGAGGAGGAGGAAAGACGCUCUCCACACGAUCGUGGGGAUCCGUGUGUUCCCGAGAGCUUCUUUGAUCGCGUAACGCAAGGGUUACGCGGUGAUCUCGAACAUGAGCGGGACAGACGUCUCCAACUGGCGGACGCUGUCUCGAAGCAUCGAGCUGAGUUUGCCUUUGCUCAGCUUGAGAACGAGAGAGCUCUGACGUCUCUUCGUGACGAGCUACGGGUAGCUCGUGGGAUUGUUGAUCGGUCUCGGGGUGAGAUAUCUGCUCUUCAGACCCUUGUCGAUGCCCACCAUCGGGAGCACAAGGCUCUCUGCGAGAUGCUUGAGCGCAAGGGCGUUCUUCAUCGGAAGAAGCAGCGUACUGGUGGUACGGCUUAA